AGCUCCGCACCGAGGCGCACGUUUUCCUCCUGCCGCUGCAUGGACAGCUAGUCGAGGCUGUGUGGAGGAAGCAGAUGUCGGUAGAGAUGGUGGAGCUCGUGGUGAAAGCCCCGGAGCCGGUCCGGCCCGCCGGGAUCCUGCAGCAGAACCGCGUCUUCCUCGACUUCUUCUGGGACUUGGCCAAACCGGACCAGGAAGUCCGGCUGAAGGCGGUGGAGGAUCUCAUCCAGUACCUGAGAAGCAACAACAAGGCAGAUGAGUUGGAAUACACCUUUAAAAGGCUGGUGGACGGUCUGGCGCACACACGGGAGACUGCGAGACCUGGAUUCAGUCUGGCUCUGGGACAGGUCUUGAGUGCCUUUGAAGAAGUCUCUCUGCAGACUAUCCUCAACAGAAUCAAAGAGAAGCACAGUUUGCAGAAAGUGAAAAAGAAACUUAUCAGAAAUGCUUUGUUUGGAAACUUGUUUGGCGUCCUCGCCCUUCAUCAGUCCAGCCGCCUCUCCAAAGAGCCGCAGGUGGUGCUGGGAUGUGUGCAGCUCCUCCAGAGCCUCAGCCAGCACAGACAACACUUGAAGGACCUGCCGUCUAAAACCAUGAUGGACAUCCUCACUGAGAUCCCAGAGGAGGUGUUUGAGGAGGUCCUGCUGAGCGCCCUGCAGACGGACCUGGCCUCAGCCUUCAGCACCCCGGAGCAGAUGCAGCUGCUGCUGGUGGCGCUGCAGCGCUUCCCGCAAACCCUCAAACCCAAGAAACUCAAGAAGCUGCUGGGGUCCACGACCAUCAUAAACGCUGACAACAUCCCAAAGUUGACAGAGGUGUUGAAGAAGGCAGCCCACUCCGUGAAGAAGGAGUGCGUCCUCCCUGCUGUGGUCCUGGACCUCCUGAAGCUCUCGCUGAAGGAAGACAGCUUCCAGCUCUUCUGGAAUAAAGCCAUUGUCGAGGGCAUGCUGAAGCAGCAGUCGGGACCAACCCAUUACCUGAGCUUCCGUCUGCUGGGCAGCGCCCUGCCUCUCCUGUCUGUGGAGCAGCUGAAGGAGGUGUUGUCUGGAGACGUGAUGACGCACUACGGGGAACACGUGGUGUCGGCUCAGAAACCGGACCGCUUCAAGCUGGCUCCAGAAAUGGACACCUACGUGUCGGACUUCUUACAGAACUGUCAGGACUCGGAGAAACAGCUGGUGGUGAUGGUGGCCUUCUCCUCGCUGACCAACAUGGGUUACCCGGUGGUGCCGUCGGUGUGGCGGGUGGUGCAGCACCUCCAGCCCGCGGCGCUGCAGGACUAUGUGGACUGGCUGAAGAGCAUGUUCGUGCAGCCUCAGCUGGACAAGCUGCUGGACUUCAGCACUCGCAAGCAGAAAGACAGCCAGGAAGGAAAGGAAGAGAAAGAGAACUCCAUAUUCCGCCUGAGGAAGUGGAUUGUUUCUCGGCUCACCUCGAUCAUAGACAACCACCACGUGAAGAAGCAGGAGGAUCUCGUCAUGGAUGUGGCCAGGUUUGUCUUUUUCCACGCUUUGUUCAGCGCCAAGAAGGCCUCGGCCGACGUCGCGGAGACAAAGGUGAAGCUCUCCGUCCCGAUCGACGAGAAGACCAGGGGAGUGCUCGUCACUGCUUUCUUUGGACUCCUGCUGUCCAUGCACCAUCUGCACCUCCCAGAGGACUCAGCCGAAGGCGCCGCUGUCAAUCAAAAGCGGGCUAUGGGGGUGACAGCCGAUGGCACCAUGUGGAUCUAUCACCUGGUCCAGUAUGCCCAGGUCCUGCUUACCCAGCCGAAAAGCAUCCAGAGCAGCCAGCCCUUCAGCCCCGAGCAGAGACAGGCCUGGGACAGUAUGCUGGAGUCAGUGGCGAGCCUGAAGAAGAAAUCAAAGAAAGACCAAACGGCAGAGAGCAGCGCCUUCCAGCAGCUUUUCCUGUUGGUCGGCAUGCACCUCUUCAAGGACCCCGAGGAGCUGCUGGACAUCAUGAAAGACAUGCAGAGCUGCGUGGACAAAGCUCAGCAAAAGACAUCCAAGAAGAAGAAGAAGAAACCAGAACAGGAGCAUGAACCUGAAUGGGUGGAGGUGAUGGUGGACAUCCUGUUGUCCCUGCUGUCCCAGCCGAGCCGACACAUCAGACAGGUCUGCAAAACCGUCUUCUCCUCCAUCUGCCCCCACGUGACCGCGGCAGCCCUCACUGCCAUCUUAGACGUUUUGGACCCAGAGAAGGAUGACGGGGACGGUGCUGUGGUCGUCACUGACGACGGCACCAACAAAACCCAGAAGAAGAAAGACCAAGAGGAGGACGAUGACGAGGAAGAUGAUGAGGCAAUGGAGGACGACAUGUCAGACGAAGAUGGUGACGACUCUGACAAGGAUGAGGAUGAUGAGGCAGAGGAGGAGGACGGGGACGAGGAGGAGGAUGAGGAGGAGGACAUGGAAGAAGGAGAGGUGGACCAAAACUUCCGUGUGGAGUUGAUGAAGGUGUUGCAGAAGCAGAAUGCUCUGGCCACAGAGGAGGACGGCAGCAGCGAUGAAGAUCUGGAUGAUGAUGCCAUGAUGGAGAUGGAUAAGAAAAUGUCAGUGCUGUUCUCAGAGCAGAAGAAGAAGACCCAGGCCAAGAAGGAUGAGAAGACAAAACUACUGAAAGAGAAGACGCUGGUCCGAGACUUUAAGAUCAAGGUGCUGGACCUCAUUGAGGUUUUCGUGGCCCGGCAGGCUGGCAGUCCUCUGGUGUUGAGUCUGGUUGAGCCUCUGCUCGCUCUCAUCGACAGAGGAAUGAGCUCCGGCAGCAACCAGCAGGAGCAGGACUUCCUCCGCCGAGCUGCAGACAUCUUCAGGAACCAGCUCUGUAGGUCCAAGGUUUACUGCAAGACUGUCGGUGACCGACAGGGGGAGCUCCAUGACCUGCUGGACAAAAUGAUGAGCAAAACCCAGAAACUCUCUGACUCAUCAGUCGGCCUCUACUACUUCAGUGCGUCGCUGUACGUGGUCAAAGUGCUGCGAGGAGCUCCCCCUGCCGCUGACGCCAAGGAGGAGCAGACUGAUGAGAAAGCUGCAGAAAACGAAUUGAGCUUCACGGGGAAUAUGGACAUGGAUCGGGUCUCCGCCGUCUUCAGAGAGGCUCUGACCUCCUUCAUGAGCAGGAGGAAGAGCCCCCUGACCACUCAGAUGUUCACGGACCUGUUUAACAGAUUCCCCGUUUUGUGUGUGAAUCUGUUGGAUACAGCAGUGCAGCACAUCACCUCUGGAGUCAGAGAACACCAACAGGGCCAAGCGUGUGUGCUGGUGUUGCGGGCGAUGCAGAGCAGGGAGGUUCAGAAGCUCCUGAGCGACGCUCCAUGGAACGAGCUCUGUGUGAAGGUCGCAGGUCAGCUGACGGCGAGUCUUCAGCAGCUCAGCCAAACCGAGAGCAAGGUGGUGAGGGAGAAGGUGGUGAAAAUCCUGGAGCUCGGUCAGUUCCUCGUCAAGCACGUUCAGCUGAAGAAGCUGCCUGUGAACCUGGAGCCCCUUCAAAAUGUCCUGCAGCUCCUGAGCAGCGUCAUCACUUUCAAAAAGACUGGCAAGCUGGAAGACACCUACUGGGCUGUGGUGAAACACUUUGGAGUCAUGAAACCCAAAGUUGAAAAGACAAAGCCUGAGAAGGAGGCCGACAAACAGCCACUUUCCAAGAAGAAGAAAGGCUUUCUACCUGAAACUAAGAAGCGUAACAAGCGUAAGCAGCUUGUUUUAGAGCAAGCAGCAAACCAGUCAACCCCUGCAGACAAACAAGGAGCAGACAAGGGACAGGCCAAAAAGAAACACGACAAGAAAGCCAAGCAGAAACGACCAGCCGACGGCACAAGAGCUCCUCAGCCCAUCCCAGCCAAGAAGAGCAAGACGCAGUCAGAGAGCCAGCCAGCGAAAAAGAAAACGAAGAAACCCAAGCAGAAGAAAGUGGUAGGAGGGCAAAUGUGAAGGGGACACUGUUAUUUAAUGGACACAAAGAAGUUUUUGUUAAUUUCCUUUAAAAAGAGGCCAUGUUCUCGCCUGGUAAUUUGUCUUCUGUGCAUCCGGUUUACUCAGCUGCCCGUUUAUUUCCAACAGUAUGAGAUGUUGAAAUGUUCAGAUGUGCGGAAAGUGAGAUGGGAAACAUUAUUUUUCUAAUGUGUGGCUAUUGUUUAAAAAAAUACAUCUACAACAACAAAUUCAUUUCUGUUCCUAGAAAUCACUCUUUUUCUAUUUCAUGAUAGUUAAAGCAGCUUUAUUUUGCAAUGCAAGAUUAAUAAGAAACGUUAGUGAAAAAGAAAAGUAGAAUCUGGCUGAUCACUUUUUUUUUGCCAUGAAAAUGAUGGUCUCAGUUUUUUAGGAUGUUAACCUACGGUCGAUACCUAUCAUGGGCAAUUGAAGACUUUAUAUAAAGUCAAUACUGUGUGAAAGUUUUAGUCACUAAAACUAAAGUGGGUAGUCUCUCAAAGAUAAUCCCAUCAAUAUAUUUUUUCUUUCAGUUAUCUUGAUACAAAGUGCAGUGAAGAGAGAAAUCCAAAAUCCCAUCCAUAUUUGGUGUGACCACCAUUGGCGUUUGAAAGAGCACCAGUCCUCCAAAGCACUUGGCAGGUUGGUUGUUUCAAGUUUCUUGGGGGAGUCACAAGAGACAGUUCUCAGUGUCUUCUCUCUCUUCAUGUAAUUCCAAACGGACUCCGUGACGUUGAGAUAAAGCCUCAGUGGGGGACGUACAGUACCAUCUGGACUCCUUGUUCUUCUUGUGACUGAAGAUGUGUUGACACGCUGCUGAGUGAAUUUGGGAAUGUUCUAAAUCUAAACAUCUUAAGUGCCUAGAACUUUUGCACAGCACUGUAUAUACUUCUGUCUCAAAAUACCAAAAUACACCCCCCUCCGAUCUCAGUGUUCUCAGUUUUGUUAUUGUAAAAUAAUGGAUUUGACAGUAGCUGCUUUAACUAGAAAUCAUCAGACAUAAAAGGAAAAACCUUGUGGUAUUAUUCUAUAUUCUUGUAAUUGUCAACAAAUUAAAUGAAAAGUCUAAAACAA